CAUUCUUUUUUGUGUAUAUACAGCCCAUUCUUCCUUCGUCUUGUUCACUCUUCCAUACCUCUAUCACUCUAAUAUCAACCUUUAUACAACACCUAAUUUUCCAACCUAAUCCCAAACCACCCCAAACCGCCAACAUGAAGUUCAUGAUCGCCACCGUUGCUGCCUUUGCGGCCACCGCUGCUGCUCUCAAGAUCACCGAGCCCCAGGAGAACGCCCAGUGGGAUCUGUCCCAGACCAACACCAUCAAGUGGGAUCACGUCGAUUCCGACCCCGCGACCUUCCAGCUUGUCCUCGUCAACCACAUUACCGGCGGCGAGGACGACGUGACCAUUGACGACAAGGUCAAGACUUCGGACGGCGAGUACAAGCUCACCAACUUCGUCGCCGCCCCCGGUGCCACCUACAGCAUCAAGGCCUUCGGCACCGAGAAGACCAACAGCGGUCAGCUUGCUGAGUCUCAGACGUUCAACGUCACCAAGUCUGGAGUCCCCACCACCACCACUUCCACCGGCACCGUCAAACCCACUUCCUCCGGUACCCCCGCCACCUCCUCCGGUGCCGCCCCCAGCAAGACUUCCAACGCUGCCACCGCUCUUGGCGUCACCUUUGGCGUUGCCGGUCCUCUUGCCGCUGUCUUUGCCCUUCUUCUUUAAGUUUGAAAAUGUUUGGGGGAACUGGAUACCAUUCUACUGCAUGCAUAUAUAAAUAAGCGUUUUGGAUUUUGAUACCACACAUGACGGAAGGGCAAUGGGAUAUAAUACCGUAC